AUGACUCCUCACCCUCCAACCUCGCACUACUCAAACACAACCCCCUUCAUUCCCAAGACCUGCCUUGGACCUCACAGAACAACCCUCUCCACCUCCAACCUUCUCACCCUUGGACACAACUCUCUCCACCCACAAACACCACCUGGCCUUGAGCACUCCCCUUGCCACCCAAACAUCAACCAAAACCACAAUGGAGAUGAUUUCCAGGGACACAAACAAUGCUGUGGCUGGUACAGUGGAGAUUGGCCCUCUACAAGGUGGCUUGAAGGCAAAUAUGUACCUAACAAAAACCUCAUCAGUUCAAAACUUGUGUUAACAAAAACUAUAUAUCAAUACUCUCACUGGGGCUUUCUCUAUACCAACCUUCUCAUUCUCAUACCAUCAACUCUUGGUGUAUGUGCAUGCUUGAUUUCUCCUACUUCAUCUGGUACUCCAUCUGGCACUUUGUCUGGUGACUGA